CGAGCAGCACGGCUGAGAAGGAAAACAACAUGUCUGUCUGACGAGACCUGCAGGGACCGUGUGCACAAAGGCUCGCCUGCCCCCGCCAUGUCCGGUUUAAGAUGAUAUGGGCUACGCUGGACUCGGUGGUGGGCGCGCUGCUGAAGAGGAUGCUCGGGGGGGUUUGAGCGCGCGCCGCGCAUCUCUCCGGAAAGAUGGCGACCAUGCGGGUGCUGACGGCGUGCGGGCUGCUGCUGGCCUUCUGCGCGCUGGCGCUGCUCGCCGUAGCCAUGAGCACGGACUACUGGUACGAGACGGACGCCCGGCGCCACCGCGAGCGCUGCAAGAAAUACGCGGGCAAGCGAACGGACCCAGGAUACAUCUACAUCUCCAGCCAGAACCUGCCGCUCCGCGUGCUGCCCCAGCGGUCCGAGCGCGGCGGGGCGACGCCGAGGGAGAGGCGCGAACUGCUGCCGCCCUCCUCGGCCAUGGAGUCGCGCUGCAGCCGCAGAUUUAACUCGACGGCCACGGGCCUGUGGCGGAAAUGCCAUAGAGAGGGCUUCGACCAGGAGAACGAGGAGCUCAUCUUUAAAGGUUUGCUCCAGCGCUGUACGCCGGUGAAAUAUUAUUAUUCCUCCUCAAAUAUUCCACGCAAUCUCCCCACCAACAUUACGAAGACGAUACGGCAAGACGAGUGGCAUGCUCUCCAUUUGCAGAGGAUGACUGCAGGGUUUAUAGGCAUGGCUGUGUCUAUCAUCCUGUUCGGCUGGAUCAUUGGAGUACUGGGCUGUUGUAAACACAACGAGUUGAUGCAGUAUGUAGCAGGUCUGCUCUUCCUAAUGGGAGGAACCUGCUGUAUCAUCUCUCUCUGCACGUGUGUGGCUGGGAUUAACUUUGAGCUGUCUCGCUACCCAAGACAACUCUACAGGCUGCCUGAAGAUAUCAGUCAUGGCUAUGGCUGGUCCAUGUUUAGCGCCUGGGGUGGCCUGGGCCUCACACUGUUAGCAGGAUUCCUCUGCACACUGGCUCCAUCGCUCCACAGCCCUCAGACCACCACUGUACACAAACCACGGCAGGAGAAUGGCAUGGUGUGACGGACUUGACGAGCGCUCACCCAGACGAGUACAUUAACCCAUAGAAUAUACAUACCACAGGCUGCCAGACACCACCUACACAAUCAUGUGCAUGUAUGUCAUGGAAAGACAAACUGAAGGAUUUAAUUUCACUGAAGAACAUGCACACACACACACACACACACACACACACACAUGCUUGCACAUACCAGGCUCCUGUGAACCUCUUCAAAUCAUAACAGCCUGGGUAAGUUUAUAGGGAUGAUGAGCAUUGAAAAUAAACAAAGGAAAAAUAUGGAAGCAACGAAAACUGAACCUGCCAUGUGUUUGGCUAGAAAUGAAUUUAAACAAAAGAGAAGAGCACAAGACGAGAACAAUAUUCUGUCUCAAAAUUGGUCAUUGGGAUUGUCUUUUAUUCUAAAUGUUUUUUUUUUGUUCACAUGAUAAUCUGUCUGUCUUCCUCGCUUUCUCUCUUUCUCUCUCUUUCUCUUUCCUUCUUAACCUGUCUCUUGCUCUUCUGUGUAUUUCUGCCCCUCUUCCCAUUGCUUUAUUUCCUCUCCCUGAAGGAGCUGAAAAACUUUUAGUUAGGUAAAAUGUUGUCUUGGCGUGUCUUGGCAUUGCCUGCCUCGUAGUGAAAAAGAAGAGGAAAAGAAACAAUGGACAAAAGAAACACUAUUUCAAGUGUCUUCCUGUACAUGUUAUUUCAUUUGUGGUUUCAGCAACUUUAUGACAAAAAGCAAAAAGAGAGCAAGCAAAGAAAACCCAGAAGAGAACUAGCUUUGUGGAGAUAACCUAUUGUUCUGAUACAGUAUGUGUCACUAUGUACCACAGACAUAAAAUGACUCGGAUAAAGGAACAUUUGAAGGGAUUUAACAGCAGUAUUAUAAAGGUUUGAAAAGGUGAGGGUUGUUUUGACACAAUUUAGACAAAAAGACUUUUAUCUAAUAAAAAUGGUCAAAAUCAUACAUUUGUUGUCAUCCUGAAGAGAAUAUUGUAACACUGUAUGCAAGCAAAGAAUGAUUGUUAUAAAAGAUAAAACCAUGAAUUGA